GGGCGGUGCCGCGGUGCCCUCUGGGAACUGUAGUCCCGAGAGCGGGGGGUGCUGCGGCGGCGCCGCGGUGUGGGACUCUGUUUCCCAUCGAACCCCGCGGCGCCGCGGAGGGGUCGGGGGAGCGGCGAGGAGCGGAGCGGCGCUCAGCAUCCUCUGCAGGGAACCAGCACCGCCCGGCCCCGAUGCGGCACUGAGACGGAGCUGCUGCUGUCCGGCUGAUUCGUGGCCAGGGAACGCCCCGAGCCGCCAUGGCAGAAAAGGUGAAUAACUUCCCACCGCUCCCCAAAUUCAUCCCCCUGAAACCCUGCUUCUACCAGAAUUUUGCGGAUGAGAUCCCCAUCGAUUAUCAGUCCCUGGUGAAGAGGAUCUACCACGUCUGGAUCUUUUACUGCGUCACGCUGGUCGUGAACAUCGUUGCCUGCCUGGCGUGGUGGAUCGGAGGCGGCUACGGCGUCAACUUCGGCUUGGCCAUCCUCUGGCUCAUCCUCUUCAGCCCCUGCGGCUACGUCUGCUGGUUCCGACCGGUGUACAAAGCCUUCCGGUCGGACAGCUCCUUUAAUUUCAUGGCUUUCUUCUUCAUCUUCGGCGCGCAGUUCGUCCUCACCGUCCUGCAGGCGGUGGGUUUCUCUGGAUGGGGAGCGUGCGGGUGGUUGGCGGCCAUCACGUUCUUCAGCACCAACGUGGCAGCUGCUGUCUUCAUGCUGUUCCCUGCCAUUAUGUUCACGACGUCGGCGGUGGCGAUGCUCGUCUGCAUUCUGAGGGUGCACAAAAUCUACCGAGGGGCCGGGGGGAGCUUCCAGAAGGCUCAGGACGAGUGGCACAGCGGCGCGUGGAGGAACCCCCCCAGCAGGGAGGCUCAGUACAACAACUUUGCAGGGAACAGCCUGCCGGAGUACCCCACGGUGCCCAACUACCCCUCGGGAAACCAGUGGCCUUAGGCAGCCCCGGCUGCACGCUGCCUGGAUCCUCUCCUUUUUUUUUUCGCUCCUUUUAUCGUUAUCUGAAAAGAUCAUUUGCAUUCCCCUCCCCGCGCUCCGCUCUCCGUGGGGUUUUUUCUUGGUUUUGAUGUCGUUUGCCUCCUUGCCGCCGCAGAAGACGCGUGCUGUCAGCCGUGGCACCCCGAGAGCUCCGCACGGCCGGAUCAGAAGAUCAGAAGGUUUUUCCCUUGUGCUGCUCCAGCAUUUGCCUCCUUGCAGACUGAGGAACCCACCGCUCGCUGCCCUUUGCUCGAGGGCUCCUUGUCAUUGUGGCUGAGCUCCCCUGGACGUGAGCGCUGCCGCCGUGGCUCUCCUGCUUCCUGCACACCACCAAGCCGUCUGUCCUUGGAACAACCGCAGUCUGAGCACGGGUACCAACCGGUGUUCGCUCUCCUGGAUGAGUAAUCUGGAAUCUUUCACUCCACGGGAAAUGGAACACCUGAUUUCUUUGGUACUGGUGAUACUGGAGGUGUCUGUACAAUCUACAGCUUCAUCUGCUCGCGCUCUCUGGUGAAGAUUCCUGUAUAAGGCAGCGCUCGCUGCGGGUGAGUGUUGCUCAGAAAUGAAGGACAGUCCCCAUUACCCUGGCUAGAACUGCUCUUAGGAUAGAAGUCCUAUUUUCCCCACCCCCCAAAAGCUCUUGCUGGAUCUGUAUGCUGCAGAGGUGCAGAUUCAUCUCAUUUUGUUAAUGAGCUCUUGCCAAAAGCCAACUGGAACUUAUGGGAAAGCCAGCUGGGCUUGGGGGUGCUCAUCCUUUUACAGGUAGGCAGCACAAGAUCUCAGUGCCAUCCCAGCCCCACGCCAGGAUUCCCAUGCUGACCCUACACGUGCCAGACUGGACAUGCCUUGUCCUGCGGGACACCUUUAUUCUGGGCUCCAGCUGCUUUAUCUCAGCGCUGGGUCCCAGGGUGGUUUGGGAGCAAUUCCAUUACAAUGGAUACAUUUAAUUCUGCUUUCUACCAAUGUAGUUAAAAUCCAAGAGCGUUGUGCAGUGAGCUGUCUGAUAGACCAAGGGAAGCUCCGUAGUCCUCAUAACUGAUGUCAGCGGUGCAGAGCUGGUGCUGGUGUAUCCAGCAGCACUUCCUUCCAGGUACGAGCCGAGCUUCUUGCCUUUCCCCAGGAAUCAGCGACAGAGGAUAAAGCUGUCGGGAGGGGUUGUACCCCUGAGAGCUAGCACUGAUCUCAUCGCCCACCUUCGUCUCACGCACGUCCAUCAGGACGGCUGGAACCUGAGCCAUCCCGUUCCCUGUGCCCUGCAGCGACCCGAGCAGCAAAGGCUGCAGCUUUUCCCUUUCCCCCAGCCCCCUGCUGGGAACUCUCUCUGACUGGGAGGUCAGUUCCCAGUAUUUCUGUAGGGAGUGAGCGUUAAGCGGCUUCAGCUCUGACAGCUGGUCCUGCGCAGGGCCGAGCACGCCAAGUUUGGAGGUUUGGGUCGGCCCCAUGGCCAGCCCAGCUCUAGGGGAUGCCAUAGAUACUGCAGCGUGAGUCACUCUGCGUCCACACUAAGUAACUGGAAAGCAAACCUGGCUCCUGGACAGGGACAGGGAGGUUGCCCCAGCGAGGAGGAACUGAUUUGCAAGUGAUCUUUUGAAAACCGUCUCUACAUGUGCCUUAACUAAUGAUGUUAGUUCAUGAAGGAGGAAUCUUUGUUCCCCGUUCCCCUCUGCAAAUCUCCCCCUUCACCCCAUUAACUUUUCCUGUGUCAUUCCGUAAACACUCAGCAAAGUACAGCUCGGAGUCUGCAGGACACCUUUGUUGUUAGGGCCAAAGCAACAGCAAACAUCAGUGGGAGGGCAGAGCCUCCUCCGACUUCGGUUUACGAGCAGCACUGACCCCUGCUGCAGCACCAGCCCCUCGCUGCCUAGGGGAUAAUUCAUGUGCUGAACACAAGGGUGUUUUUCUUUCUCGCAAGUGUGCAAUGUGUUUGUAAUUACAAAUGCUUGAAGCCUUCAUCAUAGAACACGGCCUGGUCGCGCUGCCAAGCUUUUAGGUGCCUUUGUCAUGUGUCAAGUGUGAUUUUAAGCGUUCUUUGUCGCUUGCCAUCAGAGGGUGAUAGAAGAACCGUGAGGAGAAGCAUUGCCAAGAGACUCUGUCCUUCUUUUCUUUUUCCCUUUGGGGAAUCUGGGGGCCUUUCAAAGCGCCCAUCCUCGCAUUUCCAACCUGCUCGGUGCAGAGAAGGGGAUACUUCAGAGCUUCAAACCAAACCGGUUGGAGGCAGACACCAAAAUCAUGACCAUCGUUAGCAAAAUGGUGGCUAAAUCACGAGCAAACACUGCCUGAGAUUUCUAAAGAGCUUAAAUGAAGCUCCUGGGAUGGAAGCUGCCAUCUGAAAACAAAUUUCCCCCCCUCCAUCCUCUUCGAUGCCAGAAACCCCAAUUCCAGCAAGUCGACUCAAUGCUGCCUGAACCGCCAUGGCUGAUUUCUUCGGGCUCCUCUGUGUGGUUUUUCAUGUUUACAUUCGAUCUCUUCACACCAUUAACCCGGACCCAGCUCCCAGUUCUGCUCGGCAUCACGUGUCCGCGUGCGAUGUUUUGUGUCACUUGCGGGGCUCUGCUUUCUGUUUGUGUUUUGAUCACAAGACAAUAAACGCUCAUCCUGUGCUCGAUGAGAAGA